AUGGAUGGAGGGUCGGUUGGAGGCUGUUGGUCGACGAAGGAUGGCAGGGUAGCUGGAUCAAGUGGAGGGGGACAGUGGGACAGCUACUGGGUGGAGGAGAACGGCUGGGCAGUUAGAUCGGGUGGAGGAACGAAGGCUGGAGGGGCUAUCGAACGGCGACUGAAGGGCUGGAAGUUUGAAUCAACUCGGACGGCGUUGUGA